UCUCACCUGGCGCUGCGUCCGCGCAUACUUGCCGCGACAAACACAGCUAACGCGCCGUCGCCGUCGCCCGCGACAACUCCCACAACUCUCCAGUCUCGUUCAUGUCGCGCCAACUCGUGACAUCCAUGGACUGACAUAUCGACCCACACGGCGGCGCAGAUAGAAAUCCUUCAAGAUGGCUUCCAACAACUACAACCCAUACAACUACUCUUAUGAGCAAAGUUCUGCGCCACAAUACUCGGCAUACCAGACUGCACCUGCCUCAAACAAUGCUUCGCAGUCGUCCCGUCAAUACCAGCCAACGCCGCCUCCGCCAACAACACAGUCCACAAACUACAUGUCAUAUCCGGCGCAGUCUUACGGCACACAGAGAAAUGGUUAUAUCUCAGGCCAGGAUAAUUCCUGGAAUGGCAGCACUUACGGUGCCACUCGUGAGACGACCAGUCGCGCUGCCGAAGUUCUUCACAACAUGAGCAAUACUUCGUACGCCCCAAGUACCACCUCGUCGAACCAGCCCGGGUUCACAGCGACAAAUGCCGCGACGUCCCAUUCACGGUACUCUACCGGCCCCUCGCACUCGCCCCAGGUGCAGACACACCCCACACAGUCCUCCUAUGGGCAGUUGCAAGCACGUCCACACAGUGUUAACACAAAUUCCACCCAGGGAACUGCAAGCCGGGGGCUGCCAUUACCAGCAGCGCAAAUGGGUUAUUCUUCACAAGGGACGCAACAACAACGUUCUGCGAGUCCCGCGCAGCCUCAAUAUAGCCACAGUGCCACAAGUUCUGCCAGAAGCGCUGCCAUGAACGCCGUAGCAUCUCAGCAGUACACUGAUUAUAACCAGAGGCAGCUUCCGAAUGCAGAGUCCUCGCGUACAAAUCAGAGCUCCACAACCUCGAACUCCUACAAUUAUGCAGACGCCCAGACAAUCUCUCCACCCACUGCCUCAAUUUCUCCAGCCCCUACACCCAGCGUCUCGGAACCUUACAAUGGCCAGAGCACAACCACGGUAGACCCUAUGGCCGUGUACGACCCAUGGCCAGAGUACCAGCGGAAGCAGGCGGCGUUACGUGCCCAGAAGGCGGCUGAGGAUGCAGCGCGCGCGGAAGAAGAGAGAAUCGCUGAAGAGGCGCGCAAGGCUGAAGAAGAGAAGCAGGAGGAGGAGCGCAAACGCCAAGAAGAGGAGGAGGGAAAGGCACGACAGUCGGCGAUUGCAGCAAGUCAACCAAAACAGAGGAAGAAGGCGCAGAGGCAGCAGUCCAACGUCGUUGAAGCUAGCCCAGCUGCGGCAGGCACUUCUGAUGAACCGAAUGAACUCGAAGCGCAAAUCCGUGCUAUGAUGGCCAAGAUGCGGGAACUAAAUGGCAAAGAUCCCGCACUCCUCGCGCGUAUAUGGGAGGAAGAGAGGAGAGCAAAAGCACCUGCCAAGUCGCCAACUGUACAGACCAAGCCAACUCCUCAGCCUGCCACUGCGCAACCCGUACAGGCUGCUCAGGUGAGCGCCCCACAGGUAGUCAGCCAAAGAAACAAGGCCGCCUCCAGAGAACUUGCUGCUGCGAGUGUUGUAAAACCUGCUGCGCCAAUUUCGGCCCAGCCUCUGCCAGCGAGGCCGCAGGCUCAGGCAAAUACCCGCGGCGGUAAUACCAUUUGGCCUCCGGAGAGGAAAACUUCACUAGCAACUGCGGCCGCAACGUACUUGAGCGGCCUGAAUUCAAACCAUCCUAUAGACGCUCCCCAGAUCUUGAGCAUACUGGAUAGUAAUCCGUCUUACAUUGAGCUGUGUGAGCAACUAGAACAGCGGGGACUAAAGCUUGACCGUGCAGCAUUCGCGAAGACUUUGCUCACUGCAGUACCAGAUGUUAAUUCUGCAUCUCGCAAGGCAGCACCUCAGCCUGCAUCACUAGUAAAUGGUGUACAGAAGGCCCCAGUGCCUGCUGCCGUCAUGAAGAAAGAUCUCGUUGCGGCAAAUUUACAUCAUACACCUGCGGCUGCUUCGCCAGCGCCCAGGGUCUCGUAUCCACCAUCCCCGGGCAACGUUUCUGUCAUGGAAUCGCCUGCUCCGGUGGCUGAGAUGGUACCCAUCAGAGCAGAUCUGAAACCUCCUGCUAACAAGGAAGAAGCGGCCAGGAAGCGUAACUUAAGUGACCUAGUCGAUUUGACUAUGCUCUCAGACGAAGAAGACCUCGGCCCCCCUCAAAAGAGACUCAAUGUUGGGUCUACGUAUCAGUCCACUUACCCCCAAAUACAGGAUGCUAUGAACGUGGACGAGCAACCUGCGGUUAACAACUUCCCCACGGCCAGCGUCCCGUCUCGCCCUGCUCUGGAACCAACGACGCACGCAGUAAAGCUGCCUCCGAAUGACUUGGGCCACAGGUCCGUCGUUCAGGUCCUUGAUAAGCGUAAAGCCCUUCGUCGCAACACAUACAAUCCCGCAACAAUUGCCCGCGACGUGCUCCUUGCUUGUGGAAGGUUCCCAGGUGAGCGGCAACUCAAUCAGCACCUUGAUGUGAUGAGGCAACACAUACCUCAAAUAACAAAUGACUCCGACCUCAGCACGAUCAGGUGGGACCUGAUCGACCCUGGGUCUCCACCACCAGGUUAUUUUGUCAACAGCGUCCAGGCUUUGACAGAGGAUGCAGACGAUGAGGAGGAUUCAGAGAACGAAGACGGCCAAGCGCGGCCACGGUCUAGGUCGCACACAAUCGGUGGAGAGAGUGGGGCAAGGGCCCAAGCUUUACCUCAAGCAAUCAACCCGUUCACGAAACAAAAGCGACGCGGUCGACCACCGCGCCAAUCCCUACCCACCCCAACACUACCCAAAACGCCGAAUCGCCCGUCCGACCCUACGACGAUGAGCGCGAGUGCUUCACGUGCUGCUGGCGUUGGAUAUUCAGCUUUCCGCUCUGUCGAGUUAGGGGAGGAUGGGAAGCCUGUACCUAAGAAGAAGGGCCGUCCAGUUGGCUGGCGCAAGGCCAUCCACGGCUCUGCUGCCGCGCAAGCACAACCUGCCGCGAACGGGCACACCGGCCCCGUUCAACAUCAACCUUCGCAGCCGAGCGGCCUACGAAACGUCAGGACCGAUGGAGCAAACGAGCCGAUCCGUAUUGAUUCUCGCUCACCCAGCGUCGCGAACCGUAACCCUCAGUACCAGUCGUACAAAUGCAAGUGGCAGAAGUGUAAUGUUGAACUGCACAAUCUUGAAACACUCCAGAAGCAUGUCUACAAGGUACACCGAAAGGAGACGUUGCGCAACACGCUGGAGUGCUUGUGGAGCAACUGUGGCAGUGAAGUCACCAGGCAUGACCCCACGACGAGCUCGAUAACCGAGCGACACGCGCCCCUUGCUUUCGACAACGAGGACAGGUGGCGCGAACACAUUCAACGGACUCAUAUCGAUCCAUUGUCGUGGGAGCUGGGUGACGGACCGGCUAGCGGUCUCUCUGGUAGGAAGGCACUCCGCCCGGAUAGAUCAGACGCUGAGAUUCUGACUGGUUAAUCAGACGCUCACGACUCUGACGCCUAUCUAAGUGAUGCCCAAGGUCGUCGUGUCACACCGCGCAUUGAAGUUGACCCUAAACGCUUUACUGCAGGAAACUUGUCAGUCCACGGCUCGGCACCUGCGCCUCGUGGCCGUGGUCGUCCCCCGAAAAACGUCCAAGAGCAGGAGGCUCGCGACGUGCACAACCGGCUGGUCUCGCAGAAGAAACGCAUGGGUGGGCCAGGCAUGGACCGUGGCGGUGCAACGCUGGUCAACGACAAGCGCAGAAGAGGGUUAAGUGACAACGACGAGACGGAGGAGGAGCUUGUGGAUGCGGAAGAUUAGAAGGAGGGAAGGAUUCAGAGGUCAUGCAUCAGCGUUUAAGCGACAUUGCCAUUCGAUACCCCGAUAAUACGUAGUAGUGUUCCACAUGGCUUCCCAUGGCCCAACAAAUCCAAAUGAUACG